AGCAGUGGCCACAACGAGGUAAAAUUUCCAGCAGCAACAAAGACAGGCAAGGAACGCGGCUCGGUUAUUGAUUACCUGCCGACCAUUUUGUGAUUCCGAGCCCCGUGCUAUCAACAAAAUGGACCAAUUGGGGCCCAGAGCACGCAAUCGCGGUGGGCGUGCCGACCAGAGGGAUCGAACAAAAACGAAUCGUGGGAUCGAGUUUGUCCGACGGUUGAACCAUCAUCAGUUGAUCCGGAACUGUUGCUGGAAGUGGUUGUGUGUGCGAAUGAAUAAGGUUUAGUACUUGGACUUAAAAAAUAAGUUCGUUCGUCGGCUGUGCCGCCGUGUGCUUCUGGUGGACUGUUCUUUGACGUGCGGUUCGUAUGGUGAUGUCAGAGCAAGGCGGACUGGCCAUGCACCAGUUACCGAUGCAUCACAGGGGUUUGGUGCAGCCCAGCCUUGUCAUGAACCCGCAUCCCAUCAACGAUUCCUGCUCCAUGGACUCGCAGAACAAAAAGCCCCGCCGGCUGAGCCACUGCGUGGGGUGCGGUGGCCAGAUCCACGACCAAUACAUCCUCCGGGUAGCUCCUGACCUGGAAUGGCACGCAGCUUGUCUAAAAUGCCAGGAGUGUCGACAGUUCCUUGACGAAUCCUGCACAUGCUUCGUGCGAGAUGGUAAAACCUACUGCAAGCGAGACUAUGUGAGGUUGUUUGGGGCGAAGUGCGACAGGUGCGGGUCGUCGUUUAGCAAAGAUGAUUUUGUGAUGCGGGCAAAAAGCAAGAUUUAUCACAUAAAGUGCUUCAAGUGUUGUGCUUGUUCACGACCGUUAGUACCUGGAGAUGAGUUCGCGUUAAGAGACGGUGGAAAUUUGUACUGUAAGGAGGACCACGACCACAUGGAGAAGACGUCCAUACCAACAACGCCACAUUUGCCCUCCACCGAAAGUAAUAACAACACCAGCUUGAGCAACAACAAUCACAACAGCAAUUCCACGGAGCUGGGCUGCAUGUCAGAUUCCGGCUCGGAGAGCGGGUCGCACAAGGGCGGCGGCGGCGGCUUGAGGAAGGGCUCCGGGGGCGGCGGCGGCGGCAGCGACGGCAAGCCGACGCGCGUGCGCACCGUCCUCAACGAAAAACAAUUGCACACGUUGAGGACGUGCUAUGCCGCCAAUCCUAGGCCUGAUGCCCUCAUGAAGGAGCAGCUGGUGGAAAUGACGGGACUUUCCCCGAGAGUCAUCAGGGUUUGGUUCCAGAACAAGAGGUGCAAGGACAAAAAAAAGACCCUGCUUAUGAAGCAGCAGAUGCAACAGGAAAAGUAUUACGUGCAGGAUGGGCGAAAAUUGGGUUACGGUGCCAUGCAGGGUAUCCCAAUGGUAGCGUCAUCACCUGUACGACACGAUUCACCCAUCGGUGUCCAUCCCCUUGAAGUACAAGCUUACCAACCACCAUGGAAAGCCCUAUCAGAUUUCGCCCUUCAUGCAGACUUAGAGCAACCCCAUCAGCCGGCCUUCCAGCAGCUCGUCAACCAGAUGCAUGGGUACGACCUGCCGCCCCCGUCGAUGGGCCCCGCCACCGGCCCACCCCCGGGUAUGCUGCCCUCAUCAGCGCCGCCGUCUGACGUCAUGACGCAUCCCGACAGCACCGAUAGUUACGUUACCUACCUCGAAAGCGACGAGAGCCUUCCCGCCAGUCCCUAACACCCCCACAACUAGCCGUCGCCGCUUCCGCCCCUAAACGCUCUCACACCCCUUCUCACCUCUUUCCUCCUUUACCACCACCAAGGACUGAUUCGGCGGCUGUGCAGACCACCACCCUAGUAACCACCACCAUCAUGGCUACAAUUUCAGGACGAUAAAGGAACGAACAAAACGAACAAUCACUUUUUUGGUUUUUCAUCAUCACAAUAAGUGGCCAGAACGAAUCUCAAUUUAAUCAAAAUCAAAAUUUCAACACAUAUCGCCACUUUGCGUUGAUCUCACUCGAGAGUCAUCGAAGUUUUCACAUGGUUUUUGUUGGCCAGUCUCAAUAUUCCUUGUUUUACGUACAGUUGGAGAAAAAAUACUGAGUGGUAUUUUUUUCCGGCUUUACAGUUGUAUCAUUAGAUGUUUUGUUGAUGUUGUUAUUGUCGGGGUAUGCGUGAAGCAGUUUUUUACUAAUACACUGUACCAUAUUGUAAAAUUAUAUAUCUAAUGUAACAUUUGAUUGUACAAUUUGUUAUGGAAAAUCUAACUUUGUCGCUAAUUUGUAGGUGUUAUUAAUUUUAGAUUUACUACUGUGCAUUCGAAUGUAUGAUAUUUUUACAGAGCUCUGUAUCACAUAAUUUAUUGCAAUGAAUUUAUAAAACUGUAUUUGAUAAGAAAUAAAACAGCAAGUUAUCUGUAAAUAAUGUUACAUUAAAAAAUUAAUUUGUAAAUAAAUACAUGAGAUAAU